GCGAGUAAACACUCGGUCAACAAGGAGAGUGAAGUGGAAUCUCCACCGCCGACUGGUUCGUAAGCGGGGGCGACGUUAAUCUCUCCCCGCUCCAAACCCUAACCUCAACCUCUUCCAGCAAUUUUUGAUCGCUCCCUCUCGAUCUUCAUUCAUUCGAAGAAUUGGUUCUUCCUCCAUCCCGAGACCUGAAUUCUUGAUCUAUAGAUUGUUAUUGCCGGAAAUUGGGGUCCGCGAGGCGCCGACCGAUGGAGGGGGGAGCGACCGGUGGGACGGACGUGGAGUUGGUCUCCAAGACGCUGCAGUUCGAGCACAAGCUGUUCUAUUUCGAUCUGAAGGAGAAUCCCAGGGGGAGGUACCUCAAGAUCUCCGAGAAGACUUCGGCCACAAGGUCCACCAUCAUCGUCCCCGUCGAUGGCAUCGUCUGGUUCCUCGAAUUGUUUGGCUACUACAUCAGCACGGACGAGCAGGACGUCUUCAGCAAGGAGCUCAAGCUUGAUUCCAAGGCGUUUUACUUUGAUGUUGGUGAGAACAAAAGGGGGCGUUUUUUGAAGAUAUCAGAGGCAUCUGUUAACAGAAACCGGAGUACAAUCAUUGUUCCUGCAGGAAUUUCUGGUGAAGAAGGAUGGGUAGCAUUUAGAAAUGUUUUACAAGAGAUACAUGAAGAGGCUUCACGGCUAUUCAUGGUACCAAAUCAGCAACAUCUGGAAGCUCCAGAACAUCUCCCUGGACUUUCAGAUGAUGUCGGUGCUGGAUUCAUAUCAGGCCACAGUGCCCAAUCAUCCUCUGGCUCAGAGUUGAAUGCUGAUCGAUUGGUUGAUGUGCACACGCACAAUGAGAUUGGAGGCAUGGGGAUGUCUAAAUUAAUUAGGGUAGAUCAGAAGAGGUUCUUCUUUGAUUUGGGAAGCAACAACAGGGGACACUUCUUGAGGAUAUCUGAGGUUGCCGGAGUUGAUCGUUCAUCAAUCAUCCUCCCCCUGUCUAGUCUGAAGCAGUUCCAUGAAAUGAUUGGCCAUUUUGUAGCGAUAACCAAGGACAGGCGUGAUGUAACAACCGGUGCAGAUGUUCGGACACUGGAGCCUGCACAAAUCUUAUCUCUUCAGAUGCAAGCAAUGACAACGUAGCCGAGGCAAUUCUUCCUUUGAUCUACAGGUGAAAACUAAA